UAUUUAGAGCUCGAUGUCUUCUUGAGUUUGUUUGAGCAAAUAACAUCCCAUCAGUACUAUCAUCUUGUAAUCUCUGUGCCGGUCACUUCUUUUCAAUUUCAACUUACUUUCACUACCAAUACUUCCGAAACUCCAAUCAGCAAACAUGCGUUACACAGCCUUUGUCGCCGUUGCUGCUUUCUCCAGCGCCGUCUUCGCUACCGCUAGCCCCCAAGACGACGUUGCCUCCAUCCUCGAGGCCCUCCGCGCGAACAACCCCGACGAUGCCGAAGCCGCCGCCUCAGCCAUGAAGGUCAAGCUCCGCCGUCAGGACGACGUGAGCUCCAUCCUCGCCGCCCUCGAGGCCAACAACCCCGACGAUGCCGCCGCAGCCAAGCAGGCCAUGUCCUCUACAUCCACCACCAAGCGCCAGGACGACGUAUCUCACUGCCUCGACAACCUCGCGCAGGUCGACCCCGCGGCUGCUGCCGCUGCCCGUCGGGACAUUAAGAGCCGCAGCAUUGACAUUCGCGACAUUGAGAAGCGUCAAGAUGACGUUGCGUCCAUCCUCGCUGCCCUCGCGCAGAACAACCCCGAUGACGCUGCGGCUGCUGCUCCCGCUACUAGCUCUACCCCUGUGUCUGUUACCAAGCGCCAGGACGUGUCCCACUGCCUCGAUGAUCUCGCGGAGGUCGACCCUCAGGCCGCUGCGGCUGCCCGUCGUGACAUCGAGAGCCGCGACGUCGAGAAGCGUCAGGACGAUGCAUCCCACUGCCUUGACGCACUUGCUGAGGUCGACCCUGAGGCUGCUGCAGCUGCGCGUCGCGAUAUCGAGAAGCGCCAGGAUGAUGUUGCGUCUAUUCUUGCGGCGCUCGCCCAGAACAACCCUGAUGAUGCUCAGGCGGCGAAGACUCUCGGUAAGCGAUGGGUUGCGUAGACGGUGAUGAAGUCGUAGUGGAUGGAGUUGUUGGGCUUUGGUGGUUUGGAUGGGAUCUAAUGGCUGGGUGUAUAUAGUUUAGGGUUGGUUAUGGAUUUGUACAUGAUAAGGAAUGGCUUAGGCUCGGUUCUCACUAAUGCACUCGUUUGGCCUGAUGUGUUUGUCUACUAUUCCUGAGAAGUCAUUGCAGGUGAACUAAUGGUUUGAGUCUCAUUUCAUUCAGUGUUCUCCGGUUCGUACCGCAUUGAUAUCCAUACUGCCUCGACGUUGCAAAGUCGAUGUUCUACCAAAGUUAACCUGCCCCUCUACUACCCCGCAUCAGUACAAAGUCAUCAUACAACACCAAACUCUUCUGCUUAUGCUUACAG